AUGAGCCUCUCCUGGGCUCCGGCACGAAUAUUGACCGGGGUUGGCUUCCUCGGGUUUGUCAUCCUCUUUGUCCCCCUGGCCUUCGACGUGGGCGGGAGAGACUGCGGCCUGCUAUAUUCGCUAUUACUGGCGGCUUUCUACUUCCUGCUGUCGACGGCGCGGGGGGGGAUCCCAUCGACUACGCGAUGGCGGGGGGCCAGGAUCUUGCUGGGGUGCGUCGAGAUGCUGCAAUGCGUGGUGAUUCUGGGGCUGUUGGUGUAUGCCCUGAAUAAGGCGGACGAUGACGGUGGUGGUGGUGGGGGUAGUGGUGGGUUGGGGUUCGAAGCCAGGGAACGCCUUUUGGGAGUUGAUGGUGGACAUGCCGCCGAGAGGUCAGCUAUGGACAGGCUCACCAUAGGGGCUUGGGAUACGUUUCUGACGUUCUCAACCCCUAUGUUUCAACUGUCGGAGGGAUUCUGCAGCUUGUUGGUAAUACAAGCCGGUGGCCAGAUUUCGCGGUGGUUGGUGAACCGCAAGAAGGCAGAUACUUGGAUGAUUACUCUAUUGGUGAUGUCGGGCUCGAUAAUAUCCUCCGCGCUGUACUUUCUCUGGAGAAUCACCACAUUUCCGGAGAUUGGAAACUUGGAUGCCGCGCUGAUCGGUGUUUCGGUUACUUGUGCUAUUUUCCUCUGCGCCUAUGGCAUCAGGUCGGGACGGGGAAACCCUAUCGAGAGUUCGCUAUUGUUUUCGUAUAUCGUGCUCUGUGUCUACCAGAUCUUCACCGACUACAAGCCAUCGACGCCCCAACCAGUGGCCAUCGAGAAGACCGAGUUUCCGCCUUUCCCGCCUAUAAUCAUGACUAGCUACGAGUCCCUGGUCGACAACCUCUCAGCCUUCCUGCCCUCGUUCCUGCAGCAAGUGGGCAACUUCAUGAUAUCGGCAUACUCGACCAUCACGCCGUCGGUUAUCAUCUCGCUAGCAUAUCGCAUAUUUGUCUUUUAUGCAUCUACCCGCAUCAUUCCCGCGGUGCGGCAGUCCGGAGAACAAGGGGAGCCCAUGAGCAGGAUCGCAGGGUUCUUUGGAUGGUAUAGCCCUUGCAUCCUGGUUGCCGUUUACACGCACCUGCUGCUUCAACACUUUGAGGUUGUGGGCGGGAAUGGUCUGGCCGCUAGAUGGAUUACCGGGGUGCCGGUUGGCGGUCACGUCUGGAGAUGGGUAAAUAUUGGAGCCACAAUGCUGCUUUACGCGUUUGAGCUCCUGAUGGGCGACGAGGAGGGGAACGAAACAUUAACAAGUCACUGGAAAACGGAUUAG